UUCUAUCAGAAACCAAAUCUCAUAUUUCUAUCCUUAUUUGCUGCAAUUUCUAGCUGUUAAAAGAUGAUGGCAGAAGAGACACACAAUGAAGUGAAAGGCACAGUCUGUGUCACAGGAGCUGCUGGUUUCAUUGGUUCAUGGCUUACAAUGCGAUUACUUGAAUUGGGUUAUGUUGUAAGAGCAACUGUCAGAGAUCCAGGAAAUCCAGUGAAGACCAGUCAUUUGUUGAAACUACCUGGGGCCAAUGAAAGACUGACUCUUUGGAAAGCAGACUUGGAUGAUGAAGGAAGCUUUGACAAUGUCAUUGAUGGUUGUGAAGGUGUUUUCCAUGUCGCAACUGCAAUGGAUUUUGAGUCCCAGGAUCCAGAGAAUGAGGUGAUACAGCCAACAGUGAAUGGGGUAUUGAAUGUAAUGAGAUCAUGUGGAAAGGCCAAGUCAGUGAAAAGAGUUGUUUUCACCACAUCUGCUGGGGCAGUGAAUUUUACGGAUGACUUUGGAACACCAGGCAAAAUAUAUGAUGAAACAUGCUGGACCAAUGUGGAGCUUUGUAGGAGCAUAAAAAUGACUGGAUGGAUGUACUUUGUGUCAAAAACACUUGCAGAAAGGGCUGCGUUUGAUUUCGCAAAGAAAAAUAAUGUUGAUCUCAUUAGUGUUAUACCAACAUUAGUGGUUGGGCCAUUUAUAAUGCAGACUAUGCCUCCCAGCUUGGUUACAGCAUUGGCGCUGUUAACAAGAAAUGAACCACAUUAUAUGAUAUUGAGACAAGUGCAGCUGGUUCACUUGGAUGAUCUCUGCAUGUCACUCAUUUUCCUCUAUGAAAAUCCCCAAGCAAAGGGCAGAUAUAUAUCUUCCUCACAUGAUGUCACCAUUGUUCAGCUUGCCAAAACUUUGGCUGACAAAUACCCACAGUACAAUAUUCCAACCAAGUUUGAAGAUGCAGACGAGUCUUUGCCAGUAGUAGCAUAUUCAUCGAAAAAGCUUGUUGACAUGGGCUUCAAGUUCAAGCACACCAUAGAUGACAUGUUUGAUGGGGCCAUUCAAUGUUGUGUGGAGAAAGGACUUUUGCCAAAAAUAGGAAUUGGGGCAGCAACAGGCGUUCUCAAUAAUAAUAAUUAGCUUCCCUUGUUUGUGUAAGAUUUUAUAAUAAAUAAUCUUGGCUAUCAUUUUAGAACAACUUAUUUCUAUAAUAAAUUCUCAUAUAUAGAAAGAUAAGUGAUCUGAUAAAGAAGGGUAUAAGGUGAUUUUUAUUCACUCAAAUGCUAGCUUCUAUAUGUUUAUUUUAAGUAAUGUUAAUACUAGCAGUUGCAUAACCAUAUGAAGUUUUAAGUUUAUUA